AUGUCGCCCAGCAUGUUCAGAACGCCCUCACCGUCGACGGACGCGUCGCCAUUGUCCUCACCGCUACUGGGCCCUGUUGAUUCCUCCCCACCCUCGAGCCCCCGGAUGGGCGAAUACCCACUGGACCCACCUUCACCCUUAAACUCACCACUCUCGCAUCCCUUUGCUGGUUCCGCCAAAGCCGUCAAACGGCACCCCGACUAUGAGAAGAAGACGGUACCCCUCAAAACACCUCCAUCCACAUUUUCACGUGUAUCUGGUCUAGGCCGCGUCGCAACGGGUUCGCGUUCACUCGUUGAGGACGAUUUCGUGGUAACUAGCGAUUGCGAUUCCCUGCCCCAUCGUACGUCGCAGUAUCUGGACCGCGAAGAGCGUCUCUGGGACGAAGCCCUUCGCAGACCGUUCGACACCGGCAUUGGAUAUGUUGAUCUCAGCAGUCAGCAACUCAAAAGUAUUCCCUCGUCUAUCGGUGAUCUAUCUGGCUUCUUCAACACGCCAGAGGUCUCGGAGCAAACGAUGUUUUCUGGACGUACUCUGGCACGUGUCAACACUGAACCGUCCAGGACGCGUUCUUUCGGGAGGACGCAGUCUAUAGUUGAUUCUGGCAAACAGAGACACCUCUUGCAACUUUACCUCUCCGGAAACAAGAUAAGUUAUCUGCCGCCCCAACUAUUCACAUUACAAAAUCUCUCCGUGUUGAGUCUUCGCGGCAACCGGCUGACGUAUCUACCUGGAGAGAUAUGUCGCCUCAAGAACCUCAAGGAACUCAACAUCUCCUUGAAUAGGCUGACAUACUUGCCAUGGGAGAUUCGCGACAUGAAUUUAGACAAACUCUUAGUCUACCCGAACCCCUUUCUCUCAGAGCCCUCGUCACCAUUCAAACUUACCGAUUCCGGUGCGGGACACCGGAUUCCCAGUACCCGCCGGUCCAUCAUGCGGCUGGCAUCGGUGCGCGGGGACUCUGUCGAUAACUCACCGUCACCUGCAGCGAUUACGGUCUCACCAGUGGUGACCCUCCUCGACGCCGUCCCCCCUUUAACAGAGCUUUGCCUCCGCUUGCUCCUCACCUCUGUGGGUGAAGGGCCCGGCGCAAGGACCGUCAUCACUGAAUAUUACGACGUGCCCUUGUCUGACCAGUGGAACAUCCCUCCGCACAUCCACUCCAUCCUUACAGAAUCUGUACCAGGAAUCAUUCGUCUCCGCAAGCGCUUCUCAAUGGACCCGUUGUCAAUGGGCAGUUGUCAGCGUUCGGCAAGCCAGCAGGGCAUUGCCAGAUGCGCGAAUCCAAAACACUGGACAAAAAUGUUCAUUGGGCAUGCGGCGGAGAGGUUUACAUGGGAGAGGUAUAUUGCUGGGGUGAACGUUGGCGGCACCGUUCCACUGCGAUGGAGAGGAUGUAUGCAGACUUGUCUUGGGUUCUUGGACCAAGAACGGCUCCCUGGAGAGAACGUCAGGACCAGUAUAGGAGUCGUGGACGCAACGUUAGACGAUGGUGACGCGAUGGAGAUCGACUUAGCAGAGGCGGUGCAGGUCGUUCAACUCGGGAGAGGUGGAUUAUCUAUGGACGACUUCGACGAUUAG